AUGGUUGAAUCUCCAAUUCUAGGACAACAACAACCGCAACAAGUUGCGCCUCAAGAAAACAAGACUGUUGGUACCAGUAGAAAUGAUUAUGUUCCAGAAACUGGUAUGGGAGGAACGACUGGUGUUGGCAGUACUGAAGGUGGUGGAGAAAUGAUCAGUGGCAUGGGCACAACGACUAGUGGUGGUGGUAGUGCAAUGGCCAUGGGUGGUUACAAUCCUCAAUUACAAACUCUGGAAAGUGUCGAUCGUCAAUUGACUCAAGGAUUUGGUACUCCAUUAAAUCCCUCAGAACAACCCUAUUUUCAGCAACAACAGCAACAGCCCUUGGGAAUGAGUGGCAGAGAGAUGGGAAGAGCACAGAAUGACUAUGCACCUCAAUCCGCCAUGAUGGAAGGAGAAUCGAGCAAUGUUCCAAUGGCUUCCUCCACCAUGACUCAACAACCACCGUUGGAAAUGAGCGGCAGCGAGAUGGGGAGAGCACAGAAUGACUAUGCUCCUCAAUCCAAUGUUCCAAUGGCUUCCUCUGCCAUGACUGGCAAUGUUCCUCCACCUCCCAUGUUUACCACCACUGGUGAAAGCAUAAUGCCCUCCUCUGGACCAACUACCAUGACAACGACAGGAAUGAGUCCUCAGCAACAACCACUACAACAACAACCACCCUCAUCAGGAAUGACUCCACAACAAAUACCUCUUGGUAGUGGUGCAACGAUGGGAGUUGUUGGCAGUGGUAUGACUGGAUCACCUCCACACUCACCCAUUCGUGAACGUAAACUCAUUGUUUGUUCGAAUCAACCCUCUGAAGAGCUCUUAGAAACUCACCUGAGAGGAGGCCGAGUGACUGUACCUCCAGGUAAUUAUGAAGACAAUGUUCCAGGAGGAGGAGGAGGUGGUGGAUCGAUGGAGAUGCAACAACAACCAAUCAGUUCCUCAACAACCACCACACGACCAUACGCCUCUCCAUCCUUAUUAUCAACCAUUCCUCCUCAAGCUUCAGAUCUCUCUCACAUGCAACCUCAAACGCAAUUCCAAGAACAAUCGAGAGCAAAACCUUACUCGUCCAUCUUUGAACCACCUUCCAUGAGAGCCGUUAUUACCUGUGAUUAUAAUAACGAGGAGCCAGAACGUGCCUUCAUGUAUCUGGACAAGUAUCCUCAACCGUGUGCUCAUCGCUUAAAUCCCGGAGAAGUCAUUGUCAAGAUGAAGUACGCCAGUAUGAAUGCCUUUGAUUGUAAGAUCAAUCAGGGAAAGAUUCCCAUUGAGAUUGCUUCCUCUUCGAGAACGUAUUGGCGUCAGUAUCCCAUGAUUGGAGGUCAUGAUGGAGCAGGAGUGAUUUACAAGUUUGCCGAGAGAAGUACUACCACGGGUCAAUCGCAACAACCAUCACAGCAGCAGCAACAACAACAACCAUCGCAACACUACACUGGUACGAGUAUGUUUGGUUUUCGAGUGGGAGAUCCAGUACUUGGCUUUACCUCAAAUGCUCAGUUCGGAACCUUUGGAGAAUAUGCCAUCUUCAAUGAACGAGAUUUAGUGAUGAAACCUGAGAAUAUGAGUUGGGAAGAAGCAGCCUGUAUUCCCUAUAGUGCCCUCACUGCCAUGAAUUGUUUCUUAAAAGCAGAUAAGAAGAGAAAAAAGAGAAAGGCUCAUGGUCCUUCCACGGCAAAGCCAACCACGACAUCUAUGAGUAUGAUGGGAACAGCAACCAUGGCACCCUCUGGUACUACUGGUACAACAACGGAUAUGAGUGGUGGUAUGGGUUCAUCCAGCACCAUGAUGAUGAGGGAACCUAUCGAUCAAAAUACAGUUCAUUCUCUCGUGAAUGGUGAUAAAUUCGGAAGUGUCUUUAUUCAUGGAGGAAAUACGAGUGUUGGUAUUUGGUGUAUUCUACUCGCGAAACAUUACUUUGGAGCUCAACGUAUCUACACAACGAUUUGUUCAGGAACCAUGGAAGAUGAAGAAUUAUUGAAGAGACUUGGGGCCGAUGUGGUUAUUAAUUGUACGUCCACUACUACAACUGGUACUACUACUGGAGGAGGAGGAGGAAUGGAAGGAUCCAGUAGUGCUGGUACAUCACUCUCCACCAAUUUAAAUAAUUAUGAUGAAUUAAUUAAUAAGGAUCUUCAACAAUAUUGGGUCGAGUUUUUGGGAGAGCUUGAAAGACAGGCCACUCCUCCAACAAUGACAACAACAACCAUGAUGAUGGGAGGUACCUCAGUUCCAACGAAACAAACUCCAUUAGAAACGACCACUACCACGACCACACAACAAGCCGUAUCGCAACAACCUUCAACACAAGGAACCACAACGAUUGAGGGAAUUACAGAGUCUACUACUGUUUCUCAACAGCAGCAGCAACCUAUACAGGUGGAACCAACAACUCAAACUCAACAACAAUUAGUACCACCACAGACUUCGAGCGCUAGUGGAGAGUUGAGUCCACGUGGUUCAACCUCUUGGCCCCAUAAAGGAUUUAAAUCGAGAAAGGAUAUGGACAAGUGCAAGAAUUUGGUUGGAUCGCUUGAAUUGGCCAUUGAUACUGUUGGUGGUCAUGAUGUCAUGAAUAAGUGCUUUGGAUUGUUGAGUGGAAGUCAUAGCCAUUUUGUCACAUUGUGUCCAUCGGUAGAGCUUGAACAAAGAAAAGUGAGUGGAAAGGAUGUUUGGAAGAUGGUUUCAAUGACUGCAACCAAUAGAAUUAAGAGCUUCUUUGCUAACUAUCCUCACUUCCAUAUCAUCAUUCAUGUCGAGAGUGAUAAGGAGUUGUUGCAAGAGGCUGUCGAUUGGUAUUCUGAGGUUAAGAAUGAACCAUUCAUGAGACAAGCCAUUCGACACAAGAUUUAUGAUUUGAGAGAAUGUGCAGCUUGUAUGCAAGACUUGAGAGAGAAGAAGUUUAGUUCACACAAGUUGCUCCUCGACAUGUCUUAUUGA